AUGCUAUGCGGUAUGUAUGAUAGAACAUCUAUCUAUCUAUCUAUCUAUCUAUCUAUCUAUCUAUCUAUCUAUCUAUCUAUCUCGGUCUGUUCAUAUCUAUACGCUGGUCGGGUUGAGCUUCCUGACAACCUGAAAGCCCUGUUCCGACCUGUGGCCAUGAUGGUUCCUGAUUAUGCUCUCAUCGCAGAGAUUAUACUAUUUUCACAGGUUCGGGAUGGAGUCAUGCUCGUGGGUCCUGCUGAUGGAGGAAAGACAACAGUGAGGAACGUCCUGCACAGGGCCCUAGACAUCAUCCAAAUGAACCAUUCCCAACAGACGACAAAUACAACGUUCGAAUCAGGAAGUGACGAGUUCGAACAAAUCAAAUGGAAAUGGUUGAUCCUAGACGGACCUGUUGAUACUUUGUGGGUGGAAAACCUGAACACCGUCCUUGAUGACUCUCGGGUUCUAUGCCUGGCCAAUGACUUUCUUCAAUGUUUGUCAUAUUUCUCUGCUACAAAAUUUCAACUACGUCAUUCGAUUUCCAUUUUAGCUCAUCUUUCUCUAUUCCUUCCUCUUCCUAUCUCUCCUUCUCUCUUUCUUUUUCUUCUCACGUCCCAUCACUCCCCCUCUCUCUAUGAACAUGACCCAGUGGAUCUUGGUUGGAAGCCCUUUGUCGUUUCUUGGUUCCAAAGACUGGAUUCUCAAUUUCCUGAAGAAGGUCGAGAGUACCUCAAAUUAUUGUUCGAAGCCUCUGUUGAUCCUGGCCUGAAAUUUCUCAAAACUCACUAUCGUCACGUAUGGCAUGAGGCCUCCCAGCUGAGGACCGUAGUUUCUCUAUGCAAUAUUCUCUUUUCUCUUCUUGAACACUUGGCCAAGAAGCACUAUCUAUCUAUCUAUCUAUCUAUCUAUCUAUCUAUCUAUCUAUCUAUCUAG